AUCAACGUCAAAAUCGUAAAAGCCGUUUUUCUAAAAAAUAAAUAUUAUUAUUAUAUUCACCUUAUCUCUUCAUUAUAUUUGAAUCCAAAUGACUGCUUUCGAAGAAUUUGGAGUUCUCCCGGAAAUCGCAAAAGCCCUGGACGAGCUAGAAUGGACCCUCCCUACUGAUAUCCAAGCAGAAGGCAUACCCCUUGUGUUAGGAGGUGGAGAUGUUCUAAUGGCUGCAGAAACAGGCAGCGGUAAAACAGCUGCCUUCUGCCUCCCAGUUAUCCAAAUCGUAUGGGAAACUCUGAAAGACAUCCAGUCUGGAAAAGCUGCUAAAUCAGCAGCUGAAUCUCUGUCUCCACCAUGGACUAUGUCUGCUCUGGAUAGGGGCAAUGCUUUGGCAGUAGCACCAGAUGGUCUCCGUGUGCAAUCCAGAGAGCAGAAAGAAUGGCAUGGUGUGAGGUGCACCAGAGGGGUCAAGUCUGGAAAAUGGGGGUUUGAAGCCACUGUCACAGAUGAGGGGUUAUGUAGAGUUGGUUGGUCUUCAUUACAGGCUAGUCUGGACCUUGGUACAGACAGAUUUGGUUAUGGUUUUGGUGGAACUGGAAAGAAAUCCAACAACAGACAGUUUGAUAACUAUGGUGAACCAUUUGGGAAAAGUGAUGUGAUAACUUGCCUUCUAGAUUGUGACAAUGGAGAUAUUACUUUUUUGAAAAAUGGUAUCAGUCUAGGUGUAGCUUUCAAUGCUGAUAAAAAUAUGAUUAGUAAUGGAUUAUUUCCAGCUGUAGUAUUGAAAAAUGCAGAAAUGGCCUUCAAUUUUGGUGACAAACUGUUCAAACAUAGUUUACCUGCAGAUUACCAACCUAUAAACUCAGCAACUCCUCAGCAAUUCAUAUCAAAUAGCAAUACUCACAGUGGUACUGCUUCAGCUGCAAAAAUUAUCAAUAAUGCACCUCAAGCUAUCAUAAUUGAGCCUUCCAGGGAAUUGGCUGAACAAACUAGUAAUCAGAUAAAGUUGUUCAAAAAACAUCUAGGAGAUCCUGUCAUUCGUGAGCUUCUAGUAAUAGGUGGCGUCAAUGUCAAAGAACAGAUUUCAUAUCUGCAAAAUACUGGCGCUGACAUAGUCGUUGGUACCCCUGGUAGAUUAGAAGAUUUGAUACAGGGAGGUUAUCUUUCUUUGGCACAAUGCAGGUUCUUCAUUUUGGAUGAGGCAGAUGGUUUGCUGAAGCAAGGUUAUACAGAGCUGAUUGAAAGGCUUCACAGAGAAAUGCCCAAAAUAACUGCUGAUGGCAGAAGAUUGCAAAUGAUUGUUUGCAGUGCCACCUUACAUGCUUUUGAAGUGAAAAAAAUGGCUGAAAAACUCAUGUAUUUUCCUACUUGGGUGGACCUCAAAGGGGAAGAUGCCGUUCCCGAGACUGUCCACCACGUGGUGGUGAAAGUGGACCCGCAAAACGACAAAAGCUGGCACAACCUGAGAAGGCACAUCACGACGGACGGUGUGCAUGCCCAGGACAAUGUCAGACCGGGUCACAACAGCCCUGAGACGCUCAGCGAGGCUGUCAAAUUGUUGAAAGGUGAAUACUGUAUACGAGCCAUCGACGUCCACGAAAUGGACCGCGCCAUCAUUUUCUGCCGCACCAAAGUGGAUUGCGACAAUCUGGAGAAAUAUAUGAGGCAAAUCGACAGGAAUCACUAUUCCUGCGUGUGUCUGCACGGCGAUAGGAAACCGCACGAGAGGAAGGCCAAUUUGGAGACAUUCAAAAAGGGCCACGUCAAAUUUCUCAUCUGCACCGACGUGGCUGCCAGAGGAUUGGACAUCACGGGACUGCCCUUCAUGAUCAACAUCACAUUACCAGAUGAAAAAUCGAAUUAUGUGCACAGGAUUGGUCGUGUUGGUAGAGCCGAACGUAUGGGGUUAGCAAUCAGUCUAGUCAGCACUGUCCCUGAAAAGGUUUGGUAUCACGGAGAGUGGUGCAAAUCUAGAGGAAGGAAUUGUUGGAAUACCAAUUUGACAGACGUCAAAGGUUGCUGCAUAUGGUACAAUGAACCACAAUUCAUAGGCGACAUUGAGGAGCACCUGAACGUGACCAUCCAGCAAAUAGGCCCCGACCUCGUGGUGCCCCACGACGACUUCGACGGCAAAGUCGUAUACGGGGAGAAACGAAAAAGCGGCGGUUCCAAGUACCAGGACCACACUGCGCAGAUGCAGCCCAUCAUCCAACAUUUGACUUCGUUGGAGAGCCAGGCGCAGCUGAGUUACGUCAAGAGGCAUCUGACCAAGUUGACCAGAUCGUAUUAGCGUUCUAUGUAAGAAGAGACGUUUUCGAAUAGAAUAUUUUCGC